AUGUCUUUCCAAACCUUAGUUCUUGUCAUAUCGCUCUCCCUCAACUGUAUUCUAUUCUAUCUCUACCACUUCACUUGUACCGCUUCAAGUGCAAACCCUAUGCAAUGUGGUACCGCUCUUGCCCUAACUCCAAAGAGGACCCAAAAUGAUGUAGCUACUUCGACUGAAGGCUUUACAGAAGUUACAGGUGACACGACAUCAUCAUCAUCACUGCCUGACCUGACAGAGGAAGCUACACCUCAGGAGGAAAAUUAUGGAAUGGGGAUCAUCCAUGAGAGGUAUAAUGAAUAUUGCCGUCGUUAUAACACUUAUCUUAAAGAAGCUGCUAGUAAUGGAGAAUGUGAGGAUAUUUAUUACAAUGAAGAUGGGUUGAAUAAUUCUAUUCGAGAAAAACAUUUACAACUUUUGUUUGGCGAGUCCAUAACUAUUGAGAAAAACGAGGAAUAUCAUAGCAAAACAAAUGUUCACGAUGCUGCAAUACACACUGCAUUGCGAAGAGGGAGCCCGGAGAAUGCUAAAACAAUUAUCGCCGACACUGCCGAUGUUGAUAUAAAAGGUCUGCAUGGUCAGGCACCUCUACAUUUGGCCGCUUGGAGGGGAGACGAAUCUCUUGUGAAUCUGCUGAUAUCAAAAAACGUAAAUGUAAACGUUUUAGACGAUUGCAAGCACACUCCUAUCCAUUACGCAAUAAGAGGAGGACAUCUCAAUAUAGUUGAGAUACUUCUCGAUCAUGGCGCUGAUACCGAUAUUGAAGAUUAUAAUAAUGUAACACCACUGGAAAUCGCUGUUGUUUUCUGCCAUGAAUCUAUAGUAGAUUUAAUAUUGUCAAAGAAUGCAAAUGUGUAUCUAAGGAUUUUAAAUUAUCUCUUGAAUGUGGCAAUAAAGAAAAAUAAUAUAAAUAUAGUUAACUCUCUUCUCAAGAACGGAGCUAACGUCAAUCAUUUGAAUAUGUACAGAGAGUCACCUUUGAUGAUCGCUACUAAGAACGGUAACGAAGCUAUAGUAAAUUUAUUGCUGUCAAAGUAUGUAAGUGUAGAUGUGGAGGACGAGUUUGGUAAUACUGCCUUGCAGAUAGCAAUAAGUAAAAUGAGUAUAAAUGUAGUCAAAUCAUUUCUCAAUAACGGAGCAAUGUAUAAAGUCAAUAAGUUGAAUUUAUACAACGAGUCAGCUUUGAUGAUCGCUACUAAGGAAGGUAACGAAGCAAUAGUAAAUUUAUUGUUGUCAAUGAAUGCAAAUGUAGAUGUGCAGGACAGGGAUGGUAAUACUGCCUUGGACUUAGCGAUAAUGAAAAAGAACAUAAACAUUGCCGAAGCUCUUCUAAAUAACGGAGCUAACGUCAAUGCCCAGGGGGAAACCGGAACGACUCCUUUGAUGGCGGCUGCUUCGAAUGGUGAUGAAGCAAUGGUCAAUUUCCUUCUUUUCAAAAAGGCUUCUUUAAAAAUUAGAGACGAUUUCGGUAAUGAGGCUAUACACUUGGCAGCCCAGCGUGGAAACAUUAAAGUCAUUGAGAUGCUUCUUGGUCACGGUGCGGAUGUCAAUAGUGAAGGCGAACAUGGUGAAACACCUCUACAUUUUGCAGUUCGGAAUGACGAUACGAUUUCGGAAGAUAAUGAAAUGUUCAAAUUUGAAAAUAAAACAGUCCUUGUAAUGAAAACCCUUUUGGAGCACGGAGCCGAACUGAAUUCACAAAGUUAUCUCAAACAAACAGCGCUCCAUAAAGCUGCUGCUGGAGGUUAUGCUGGAGUCGUUGGCUACCUGCUGUCCCGGAACGCCAGCUUGGUUAUCGAAGAUUAUAUUUGCUUCACCCCACUCCAGUGGGCAGCUAGUAUUGGAAAUGUUAAAGUGCUAAAUACUUUGUUAGAACGGGAUGAUGUCAAUAGAAACGGAUGUAAUGGUGUCACAGCUCUUCACAUGGCAAUUAGAAGGAAUGACACUGCAUUCAUUGAAUAUCUUCUGCGCAAGAAUGCUGAUCCAAAUUUAAUGAGCGAAGACGGACAGACCCCUUUGGAUUUAACUUUUGAUCCUUUAUCUGAAAAAAUUAUGAAAUUCCUUCUUGAUCAUGAAGCCAGAGUAGAAGAUAAUAGUUUCUUAGGAUCAAAAAUUCUUUUCGAUGCGGUUUCAAAUAGAUCUAUAGAAAUUAUAAAGCUCCUGUUGGAUAAGACUAAAAACUUCAACUCCUACCCAACGACUAUUCUUAACCAUGCCAUUGGGGAGCGGUUUUCAGAAGGAAUCGACCUGCUCAUCGCUCACGGAGCAGACGUUGUGGAGAAAGACAUCCAUGGUAAUCUCCCCCUUACUUUAGCAGUUAUGUCAAGAAAUAUUGCGUUUGUUAAAUUAAUUUUAGAAACAGGAUCGAGUAAAAUCAAAAUCGGAAAUGAUACAUUCAGUAAAAAGAAUUUUCAAACUUUUUUAGAUGCAAAUUGUGAUGUAGAGCUUUUUACAUCCAACAACAGCAUUAUACAGAUCCGUAAUGCGACAGCGAUGCACGUUGCUUCCUUCUACGGUCUCAAGGAUCUUGUCAGAUUGUUGAUAUCAUACAACGCUUCCUUAGAACUUAGAGAUAGACCAUUAAGACAUUCACCACUUCAUUACGCAUGUGAGAAUGAUCAUGUGGAAGUUGUGAAACUGAUUUUGAAUUCUACAUCCAUCAAAAGUCCUGCCGAUAUCAACGGAACUACUCCCCUACACAUCGCUUGCAGAAAAGGUCUUCUUCCAAUUGCUAAAUUACUGCUUUCCGAUCCACCAGCUGCUGUAAACCAAGCAGAUAACAGUGGAUACACAGCUCUUCACCUGGCAGCUAUGAACGGAUCUCUAGAAAUAGCCGAGUUAUUAUUGACUCUUAAUGCCGAUAAAGAAGCUAAAACUCUUGAUUUCAAAACUCCACUACAUAUAGCUGCACGCGAGGGUCAUGAGGAUAUAGUGAGAAUCUUAUUGAGGGAAGGAGCUGAAAAGGAUGCAGCUGACAUUAAUGGUAUGACACCAUUACAUUUCGCCGCAAGAGAAAGACACUCGUAUGUAGUUCGUUCGAUGCUUGGUCAUAAAGCUUACAUCAACAGCAGAAACAAAAACGGCAGCACGCCAUUACAUCUGUUGUGCGAAUGGAACAACAAAUCUGAACGAAUUAGGUUCGAUCAAACAUUUAUUGUAGGAAUUUUGUUCUAUCAUGGUGCAGAUAUACAUUCAAAGGACAACAACCAAAUGACCCCGUUACAUAUUGCAGCUAGAGACAAUUCUUCUGAAGCCAUAGAGUACCUAUUGUACAAGAGGGCAGACCCAUUCAGAAGGGAUAGGUUGCUCAACAUACCUAUGCAUUACGCCGCAUUAUUCGGCCAUUAUGGCGCAAUAAUUCAGUUAUUACUUGAAAAUAAAUAUUUUGGCAUAAAAAAGCCCUUCAGGCAAACUACAUCUGUAAACAUUAAUAAAGAGACUCCUUUGUUCUUGGCUGCAAGAGAAGGGCACACUAAGGUGGUAGCUUUGCUCUUGCAGGUUGGAGUCGAAAGUCUUCAGCCUGACAUCAAUGGAAGGACAGCUUUGCACCGCAGCGCUGCCAGAGGUCACUUCGAAGUAGUGAAACUCCUUCGCCAGGCUCUUUUAAAAAUAGAAAACGAAGAUAAGUGGGGAUUCACAGCUUUGAACUACGCAGCUUCUUGGAAAGGACACCAGGAUGUUAUAGGAUACCUUUCGGCUACGCAACUAAACAUCACAUUAUCAUAUUAUUUAAAUAUAUCAAAGCCUUUGCAACCUAACUUGGAUAAUAUAAGCUCAAUAGAGGUGCAAAAAUUAUAUGGCAUAAAAUUGGGAAUACCUUAUUUCUUUAAAGUAAACUCAGGAAAGUUUCGGUAUAUUUAUUUACCAUUGUUACCACAAUCCUCUUCUGAAGUCAUGACGCUUUCAGUAAUCGAUUCUGCAGCUAGAUUAAUUUCUUUCAACCUCUUUGGAAAUUAA